CAGCAGGCUCUCAUAAUCCGGAGCCUCCGACGUGGUGGAUAACGUCAACCGUCACAAAGAGAAAGAGUACGAGAGAGAGAGAGAGAGAGAGAUGGGUGUCGUCCUCUUUAUCUCAGUCCUCCUUCUCGCCGUUACUUCUUCCGUUAAUUCCUGCUCGCCGUCGGACCGAGCAGCUCUUCUCGCCUUCAAAGCUGCACUGAAAGAGCCUUACUUGGGUAUCUUCAACUCAUGGACGGGCAAUGACUGCUGCAACAACUGGUACGGCGUCCACUGCGACCCAACCGACGGCCGAGUCGCUGAUCUAACCCUACGCGGCGAGUCAGAAGACCCCAUCUUCGAGCAAGCCGGGAGGUCCGGUUACAUGACCGGAACCAUCUCUCCGGCCAUAUGCAAGCUCGAUCGCCUCACCACCCUCAUUAUCGCCGACUGGAAAGGAAUCAGUGGUGAGAUUCCCGCGUGUAUCACUUCCAUUCCUUACCUCCGAGUCCUCGAUCUCAUUGGCAACAAGCUCACCGGAAAGAUUCCUUCUGAUAUCGGAAAGCUCCAGCACCUCACUGUCUUGAACGUUGCCGAUAAUCUCAUCACGRGUACAAUCCCACCGUCGCUAGUGAACCUCGCCGGACUAAUGCAUCUCGACCUCCGAAACAACCGUAUCACCGGUCAGAUUCCUAGCGACUUCGGCAAGCUUCAAAUGCUCAGCAGAGCUCUUCUGAGCCGUAACAAGCUCUACGGCCCCAUCCCGAGUUCGAUCUCUACAAUUUACCGACUCGCCGACUUAGAUCUGUCCAUGAACCAGAUCUCCGGCACCAUUCCCGAAUCUCUCGGCAAAAUGCGGGUCCUAUCGACCCUGAAUCUAGACGGCAACAAAAUAUCCGGCCAGAUUCCGACUAGCCUGUUGAGCGGUUCCGGUUUAAAUAUACUGAACUUGAGCCGAAACUCGAUUGAAGGAGACAUACCAGACGUUUUCGGCUCGAAAACGUACUUCACGGCGCUCGACCUGUCGUACAACAACUUGAGAGGUCCGAUACCGAAAUCAAUAAUCUCCGUGGCUUACAUCGGCCACCUGGAUCUCAGCUACAACCACCUAUGUGGCCAGAUUCCGGUGGGUUCUCCGUUCAACCAUCUCGAAGCUUCGUCGUUCAUCAACAACGAUUGCCUCUGCGGCUCUCCUCUUCAAACCUGCUAAGUGUUUCGGCCGAAAUACGGAUUCGGAAGUAUCGGUAUCGGUCUGAAGCUGCCUCUCUCUCUGUAUUAUGUUUAAUCUAUAGUAAAUUUGUAAUGGAUUUUUAAAUUAUGCCGUGAUCUGGAAAACGACAAAACCAAAGAGGGUCUGCCCUGCACGUGAGAAACAGACUCAAAGACAGUAAUCAGUUUAUAAUGAAUAGUUUUUAUAGUUGCCUUUUCUUUGUAAUUUUUUUAUUAUUCAGGAAUAUUGUUGGAAACGAAUGAAACGUCAAGGGUCUUCGUUGUAGUUUUACUUA